AUGGCUUCCGACAUCCGCAAUACGCACUCCCCACCCCAAACCAACAAUCCAUGGCACAAUGAAGUCAAUCGCCAUCGCCCGGUGUCCAGGAACUCGCCGGCCGCCUUCGCCAUCAAUGCCAAAAACGGAGCCGACCCACAACGCCAUCCCUCUAGGAGCCGAAGCCGCAAUGCUCCUCACAAUCGGACAAAUGAUCGCCGGCAAGAUGAGGACAAAGACGGUGAUGUCCCAAUCUACACUGCGAACAAAGUGAAUCGGUUUCUGGCAGAAGCAUUGGUGCAAUCCCUCUAUCAAGGCAAGACACCGGGCCAAAUUGUGUCGAACGUUGUUUCAAGGAUGUCAAGUGCCGACAAACUCCAACCAAACGGGUCCAAUUUCGCCGUCUGGGAGCUAAUGAUGAGGGAACGAGCCCUAGAAAUCUUUAGCGUCCCAAUGUGCAGCAUGCAUUGGAGCAUAUUGCGCCAUCCAAACUGCUAUGAGAUGUUCACCUAUCUCAACUCACGAUUCUUCACCGUAACUCGAGCGGAGCAAAUGAUGUGUUGGGACAAGUUGAUUAACUUCAAACUGUCCGAUUUCUUGAGCAGCGCCGAGGCAGUGACAAAGCUGUACAAAACCCUGGACGACUUUGUUAGCUUCGGACUGGAUCUUAACCGGGAGACAAUCGGUGGACUGGCGCUACAGAGCUCGAUUGAGGCUGGUUCGGAGUUACGUCGUGAGGUGGAUUGCCGUGUUGAGCAAGACUUGGGAGGCACCAGCAAGACGCUUUCCAAGAAAGCCGUUACGCCGGACCAAAUUCUGAAGCACAUCGAUAUUGUGAAACGACAACUCGAUUUAGGUUCAUCGCGAUCAAGUACGUUCUCGGCAUCGGCACCUCAAGCACACCAAGCGACGGCCGACACCCAUUCCGACCAAGCUAGAGAAUUCUACGAUCCUCAAACCUGGCCCAACACACCUGAGCAAGUAGAAGGAAUGGCGAUUUCGGGACCCCAAUGCUGGAACUGCCGAUCACCAGAUCAUCUCCUAAGCAAAUUUCGUCUGCCCAGAAGGAUCGACUUUGAUCGCCCACCGUCGUCAUCCAACUUGUGGCGGAGACAGCCUCAACAUCCUGUCGGCAACAGGUCGGGCCACGCCCCGGUGAUGGCACCAGGAAACUUCCAAGCCUGGUAUCCAAUCGUUAACCCGCCUGGGUAUCAACAUUGUGGCUAUCAAUCGGCACAAUCGCCAUACACCCCACCGCCAACAAGCCUGCCAGGACAACAACCUGCCAAGCGAGCUGACUUGUAUCGCCCCGACUACCGUCAGAGGACUCCACAACACCAGCCAAAAUCACAAAGCCAGGCUUCUGCCAACGCAGUUGAUGCUAGCAAUCCAUCCGAGGAACCCGAUCACCACCAAUCUCAACCAAGCCAAGACUGCUACCAUCCACCCUCUCCAAUCCAGGAAUCAACAUCGAGGAUGAUCGAAAUUGGGGUGUUUGACGAAGGCCUAUAA